AUGUCUAUGAAGUUUUUCUCCGGUCUACAGGUAUUCUUUUUUUGUAAUUUGUGAAAUUUGUAUUUUUUUUUGAAAGGAAACUUGUUUCGAAACUAAACUUGUACUUUUUCGGAGGAAAUUUUAAAAAAAGAAAGAUUUUCCGAUGGUUUUCCCCAUUUUAAAAGUUACACUAAAAGGUUCCGUCGCCCUUUUCACAAGACUUUUGAAAACUUGUUUUCGAGCAACUUUUCGAACUGAACUUUCUCCAAAAAAAGUGUUUUCCGUUCCUUUUUCUUCCCCGGCCCUCCACCAAAGACCAUUGACGUCACGGCCCCGCGCACGCGUCGCAACUAAAACAAACUGUUCGCCGCUGUUGAGUACAGACCUUCUGGCGACUUUUCACAAGUUUAUUUACACGGAGACCACGUGUAAAACCUUGUUAAAUAAGGCAAAUAGUGAGAAAAAAGAAGUUUAAAGGCGAAAAAACGAGUUUUUAAAGUUUUUUGCAAUGUUUUCGACAAUUUUCAUCAUUCGGAUACACUGAAGUUUGCACUUUCAGAACAGUUUUCUGCUGGUUUUGAAAAGGAAAGGGGUCAAAAAUUAAGUUUUGAAGAGCUUCUUGUUUGAUUUGAUUUGACAAGGAAUAAAUUCGACUAUAAAACCUUUAAAAAAAUCCAAAAAAAACAUUUUCUCUUGGCGUACAUUUUUUGGUCAUUUUAGCGACUUUUCACAAGUUUAUUUACACGAGUCCACGUGUAAAACCUUGUUAAAUAAGGCAAAUAAUGAAAAAAAAAGAAGUUUUAAGGCGAAAAAACGAUUUCUUCGAGUAAUCUUUGAAUGUUUUCGACGAUUUUCAUCAUUCGGAUACACGCAAUUUGUACUUCCAGGACAGUUUCUCUUUGGAAAUGAACUGAAUUUUGUUUCUGAACUCAAAAAUUACAUGAAAACAAAGAAACACUGAAAAAUGGGCCGAAAACCAGUUUUCGAUACAGUUUUUUUCUCGAUUUUUAAAGAAUCAUUUCUCUUGGCAUAAAUUUGGUGUCAUUUUGGCGAAUUUUAAAAACAUUAUUUGUCCGGAACCACGUGUAAAAUCCUGUUAAAUAAGCGAAUAGUGAGGAAAAAUGAAGUUUUAAGGCGAAAAAAAGGAGUUUUUGAAGUUUUUUGCAAUGUUUUCAACAAUUUUCAUCAUUCGGAUACACUAAAUUUGCACUUUCAGAACACUUUUUUUUGUUAUUUUGAAAGAAAAAAAGAGGUCAAGAUUUGAUUUUUGAAACGGUUCUCGGCUGAUUUCAGAACGAGAACAUGUAGUUUUUGUUAAAUAAACGAAUUUCAAAAAUUUUUCCCUGUGCUCAUAAUUCUAAAAAGCACUUAUAAAAUAUAUAAUUGCGACUGGAAAACAUUGAAAAAAGAUUAAUUCAAAAAAAAAAAAAAAUAAUUACUCUUGGCAUAAUUUGUGUACAAUUGUCAUAAUAAGCGCGUUCGCCAAGAUAUAAAAAAAUGGCUUUUUUUCAGGAAAUAAAUUAAAGUUUUCCGUGUAAUUUUAUUUUUUUAUGUGAUUCGUACAGUUAUUUAUUUCAAGGAGAAUCGAACCUAUAAUCUUCUUGAAAAAUUAUUUUGUGAGAUAAUUUAUAAUUUCGAAGAUUUAGGGAGGGGGUGGAACGAUUUUUUUCAGUGUUUUUUUGUCAGGAAAUAAUUUUUGCGUUUUCAGAACACUCUAGCAGAAUUAUGUACUUCAAAAAUCAUUGAAAAUCUGAUUUGAAAGACAGAAAAGCUAAAAAUACAGUAACCCUAGUUGCUUUUCGUUGCGGGACCUUUUAGGCCUUUAUUUUUCAAUUUGGCCCGAAAAAACUUCAGCAAUGAAUAAGAGUAUAUAAUUUGCUCGGAAAGUUGUUAGAAGUACUAAUAAAUAAUGAGAAAAGCUCGAAACACCGUAACAUCAGCUGAUUUUCGUUGCAGGACCUUUUGGGGCUAUUUUUUUUAAAUUUUGCUCGUGAAACACGGGAUUUGAGUGAUUUACAUGCUCAGGUAGUCGCAAAAAACUCAAUUUAAAAAGGAAAAGUUCAGGAGACCGUAACCUCACCGUAUUUUCGUUGCAGGACCUUGUAUUUUUAAAAAUUGGCUCGUAAAACACUUUAACCCAAUUCGAGUCUUUUUCUAUACAUUGAAAGUUCAAGAAACUGAGAAAACCAGAAUGGAAAGAAGAGAAAAGCUCAAAAUACCGUAACCUCAGCUGAUUUUCGUUGCAGGACCUUCUGGGACUGUACGAGCCGGGCUCGUCGGUGACGGCGACGUCGCCGGCGAUUCCGCCGACGACCUCCGUUUUCCCGCCGCCGCAAGCACACUCCUCCGCGAACUCUGUCCGGAAGAAAACUCCAACCGAGGCCAACGCCAUGCUUCCAGGUGCUUAAGGGAUCAUUUGAAGAUUUUUUCUGUGGUUUUUAAACUUAAGGGGGUCUCUGAAAGUUUAAAAAUGCUUAAGGGACUACUUGAAGUUUUUCCGUGGUUACUACACUUGAGGGGUUACUAGAAGUUUAGAUAUGCUUAAGGGAACACUUGAAUUUUUUUUCCCUUGUUUUUUCACUUAAGGAAUCACUGGAAGUGUUACAGUUAAUAAUUAAAAAUCAGGUGAUGCUUAAGGGGUCACUUGAAGUAUUUUCUGAGGUUCCUACUCUUAAGGGACCACUUGAAGAAUUUUCCGAGGUUACUAUACUUAAGGGACCACUAGAAGUAUUUCAGUAGUUGAAUGAAAAUCUGGGACCUUUUUAAAGCUUUUAAUGAGACUUAGACCUAUGUAGCUCCUUCCAGGCACUUAAGGGACCACUUGAAGUAUUUUCUGAGGUUCCUACACUUAAGGGGUCACUUCAAAUGUUUGGGUUAUCAGACGAAGAUCAUGAAUCUUCGGAAAAAAGAAUCUUUUUCGAGGUUUCCUUUCAAGUUCUUGUGCUUCUAGGUGCUUAAGGGAUCACUCAGAGUUUUUUCAUGGUUUCUGUGCCUAAGGGAUCACUGGAGGGAUUGAGUUGUCAGUUGAAGAUUAAGGGACUUUUUAAAAGAGUUUUUGGUCUAAGUAGCUCUGCUUCCAGGUACUUAAGGGGCCACUUGAAGUAUUUUCCAUGAUUUCUAGACUUAAGGGGCCACUUAGAAUUUUUUUUCUGUCGUUAACACACUUUAGGGAUGACUGAAGGAGUUUCAGUAGGUGAAUGAAGAUCAGAGAUGUUUUUUAAGCUUUUUACGAAAUUCUGAUUCACGUCGCCAUGCUUCCAGGUGCUUGAGGGAUCACUUGAAGUAUUUUCUGAGUUAUUACACUUAAGGGAUCACUCUGAAAUUUUUCUCAGUCUUCCUUAAAAGAUUUUUCUUAUAUUUGUAAGUAUUUUAAGGGAAAUUUCUACUUAUAAGGCCGAAAAAACGAUUUUUCAUCAUUUUCCACUGUUUUUAAAGAAUUUCCUUGGCCAAAGAUUCGAAAAAAAAAGGUUUUCCAAGAUCUAAACAGCUUUAAAUUUCUCCAAAUAUCAGGUUUCAAAGCUCUUUUCUCUGUGUUUUUGAAGGAUACCAUAGCCUUGGAUUUUUUGAUAAAAGGUUUAAACUAGUUUCAUGGCACAAUCCAUUAAAUGGAAGAAUUGUUUUGAAAUUUUUGUGAUUUUUGAUUUUUUUUUUUUAAAUUUUAACAAGGAAAAUAAAGGUCAAAGACCAAAAUUUUUCGUUUUUUGAGGGUUUUUGAACCUUUUUUCUCAUUCUAAAGCAUCCAGAAACCUAAAAAAUCAUAUAUUUUUCCAAAAAUUAUGAUAAAUUGGCCAUGAGAAAAGCCAUUUUUCCCGUUUUUUGGCUGAUAAUUUGUUUUCCAAGUUUUCCACUACUGUCAAAAGUCAAUUAAGGACCCUUUUUUUCAUCGAAGAACACGUUUUUUUUGAAUCGUUUUAUGCAUUUUAAAGGGGUUUUUUUCUGAAAAAAAUUAGCGGAUGAAAAAAAGAAAUUUCAUUAAAAAAAUUGAAGAAAAAGAUUUUACUAUCAGAAAUUUUUUUAACUUUUAGAAAAAUCACAAUUUUGAAGAAUUUUAUUGAGAUUUUUUUCUUCAAAAUCAUCAGUUUUUCGUUUUUUUCAAGUUUUUUUCCGAACAGUUGUUAGUUCCACGGGAUUUCUAAUUUCAUUUCCCUCGAUUCAUUAUAAAUUUACGCUCAUUUCUUGGAUUUUGAAGCCAUUUCACGCAUAUGUCACUGUCGAUCACUACGUGUGAAUCUUUGCCUAUUAAACGUCCGUUUUUUAAAAGUUUUUAACUUGAUAAAAAUUCUUUUGAUUAUACGGAUAGUUUUUUUGGUAAGUAUCAAAAAAAUUAUAUUGAACUGUACGUAAAUAAAAUAUGUAGAGAAACGGGAGGUUUAAAAAAACAAUUGGAGUUCAAAAAGAAAAAAAUUCAGAGGGGUCACGGAAUGGAAAAAAAAGGGAAUUUUUAUUUUGAAUAGCUAAAAAAAUAUAUUUUUACAGAAUCAAGAUUUUCUAAUACAAAAAGGAAAAAGAUUUGGGAGGUUCCAAUGAAAAAUUUGUUGAAAUAAUAUAGAAAAACGGAUUUAAAAGUACUGAGGAAAGGAAAAAAAAAUGAAAUCGUUGAAAAUUUUAAAUUUUGAUUGCCUAAUAUUACAUUUUCACAGUAUUAUUAUUUUUGGAAAUAAAAAAGAUGUAGGCAAUCAGGAAAAUUUCAAGGAAAAUUAUUGGAAUCAGAAAUAAUGAAAUAGAUCCAGAAGUAUUGAAAAAGGGAAAAAAAAAGUAAGAUUCAUUUAAAUUCGAUAUUUGAAGGCUGAAAACCGAAUAUUUUCAAAUAAAGAUUUUUUUUAUGGAAGGUGGAAUUAUUUGGGAGAUUUCUGAAGAAAAAUUAUAUGAAAAAGAAAGAAGUGGAUUCAAAAGGGCUAAGGGAUGAAAAAGGAAAGAAAUCGAUUGAAAUUCCCGAUUUGGAUCCCUGACAGAUCCUUAUAUUUUCACGGAUUUCUGGAUUUUUUGAGGAUAAAAAAGGUUUCAGAAUCGAGCAGUACCGAAAGAAUCCGUCACUGUUCUCACAAUCGCAGCGUCUCUUUCCCCGACGACGGACAACUUAUCACGGGAUUUUCUGAAGCCCCCAUCUCCGAUUUCCAUUCCGGUUCUGUUGGUGAGUUCCAAAAAAUGGAGGAAAAAUGAAUAAAAAGAUUUUUUAUGGAGCAAAAAAUGAGGAGAAGGUUGUUUUGAAGAAAUUUUGAAACUCUGAACAUCGUAUUUUUGGUUCCCCUAGUUCAAAAAAGGCUUUUCGAAAAAUAUUUCGGAACUUUCUGAAAAAUUUUUCUGAAGAAAAAAAUUAAGCAUAAUAUUAUUUUCAAUGAAAUUUAGGAAGGGUUGAGCCUCAUUUUGUUAGUUUUCGUAGUUAAAAAAGCGUUUUUCAGCUAUAUUUUAAAGCUUUUGGUCCUUUGAGCUCCAUGAAAUUCAUUUUUCAAACUAUGAAGGAAAAAUUUAAAGAGAAACCUACCUUCUGAGGUUGGAAGCUCAAUUUUGGCCCUUUUUGUUUGAAUUUUCGUAAUCUAGCUCCUUCUCCUCACAAAAAAGGUCCUUCAACUUUGUGAUUGGGAUUUUCUUGAAAUUUGGCCCGAACUCUCAUACAAGUACUAAAUGAAGAUCCCAAAAGUCUCAAUCUAUACAACUUUCUAGUUUUUCAGAAAACAGCCCGGAAACCCUCAAAAUUCAUGGAAAAUAGGCCAUUUUGAGCCCUUAUUUAUAGAAAGUUAGAAAUUUGUGCAAGUUGAGACUUUCAGAACAUUUUCUUGGCUACAUCACGGAGAGUUUCCAAGAGAAAAUGACCUUCCUUCUGAUUUCUGUCAUUCGCUUAUAUACGCUCAAAAUCUUCGGAUUUCAGCACCAAACGUCGACGUGACAGAUGUCAUCGACGCCUACAAAAACGCCUGCCAACGACUUCAAUGUCCGCCGAGCGCGUUUGUCGAGCGCCAAAUUGGGGUCCGUAGCCUUCGGAAUGAAGAAAAUCAAUAAAAAUCGAAAAAAAAACUAGUUUUGUUUGAAAACGUACAGUAAAAUCAUGCGUUUACAGGAAGUUAUAUUAGUUCUUUUUGGAAGAUUUGUCAUCUUUUUCCAAUGUCGGGAAAUUUCAGAUUCGCCCCCAGGGGAAUAAGAGAACUAUUGGGGGGCUGAAUCAAAGAACUUUUGGUUGGGGGAGGAAAUCAGAGAACUUUUUGAGGGGGGGCUGAAUCAAAGGACUUUUGUGUGGGGGAAAUCAGAGAACUUUUUGAGAGGGGGGGCUGAAUCAAAGGACUUUUUGGUUGGGGGGCUGAAUCAGAGAACUUUUUGGUGAUGGGGGCUGAAUCAAAGGACUUUUGAUGGGGGCUGAAUCAGAGAACUUUUGGUGGGGGGCUGAAUCAAAGAAGUUUUUGGGGGGGGCGGGGGUUGAAUCAAAUGUACCUUUUCGUCAAGAAGAUUAGUUUUGACCAGAUCUCCAAUUUUCACCUCAGAAACUUCCCUCGUGAGAGUUUUUAAGAAUGAUCAGAUUUCAGUACUUCCACAAGAGCUCGGAACUCCGACAGGAAUGCCUGAGUCUGAAAGGCGAACGUGUAAGUCACUCCCAAAUGGAAGCCCUCGAAGAAGUCUUCAAACGGGUCCAGUUCAACACCAUCGACUUUGAGUACACCUUUCUGGAUGAUGAUGUGAGUUUGAGAGCAGAUUGAGGGGUUUUUGGGACAUACAUCGGCUGGAAUAUAGCACAGCUUUUUGCGCGCGAAAAAAAAUUUGAAAACCCUGGGAUUUAGCUGACGUAUGUUUUGAAAGAAAAAUGUGACAAAAUUUCAUUUUAGAACGUUUUUAGUUGAGCCGUCGUAUGUUUUGAAAUAAAAAUUUGAAAAAAUGUCAUUUCGGAAGGUCUUUAGUUGAGCAGUUGUAUGUGGAAGCUUAAAUAACCCGAAAAAAACAGAGUCUGUGCUCCCAACCAAAAACUACUUGCGCGCAGCGACAUCUCGAAGAAUAGGAAGAAGGAAAGUCGCUCAAGGUCGGGGGCAAACUUUGACAAAAAAAAAAAGUUGAAAUUCGAAUUUUUUAGGAACCGCGACGCUUCUUGAGCCAUUCCAAGCGAUUUUUCUUAAAGUCUCAGAAAUUUGAAAAAAAAAAAAGAUGAAAGUGAAAGAAUAAUCAAACAGAGUGCCUAUAAAUAUUUCCAAAAAAGGAAAUCUCGAAGAUUAUGGAACCUUCCAGAUUAGAGGUGGACUUUGAUGAAAAUAAGAGAUUUCCAGAUUUUUGAUCUUGAAAUAGACUUUUUGAAGCGUGGAGAAGCUUCUAGAAGAAAAAAAAUGGAGGGUUUUAAAAAUGUUCACUGUUUCAGGAGCUUCCUUAUUGAUUAAUUGGGACUUCAUGAGAAAUGGAAGGAUCGGUAGAUAAUCAGGAAAAAUGGUCCUGAAACGAUUAGCGAAAAAAAGAAGAAAAAUUUACAGGGAUUUUGAAUUUUUUUAAAAGUUUUUUUAAUUAUAGCUUUUUUUCUGAAGUGUAGAGAAAUUUUUAGAAAAAAAUUUUUGGAGGGUUUUAAAGAAGUUCCCUGCUUCAGAAGCUUGGUUAUUGAUCGGAGGUUUAAAGGAUCAUUGGAUAACCAAGAAAAUGGUCCUGAAACGAUCAGGAAAACGGUAAAAACGAGAAGGUCUACGGUAGUCAGGGAUUUUUUUUUUUUGAAAGGGUUUUCGAAAUGAUUUUUUCUGUGAAAAUGGUAUAGCAUGAUCAAGAUUAUAACAUUGUUCUUCAUUUGAAAAAUUUUCGAUUUACUGUAGCCUCUAAUUCCACUGACCGUAGCCUUCCUAGGACCAUUUCUUGAUAAUUCACUGUUCCUUUAAGAUUUUUUUGCAAGGAAAGUUACAGUAUGUUUGAAAUGGCUUCUGAAUAAGGCUCUUCACUGAAUUUUUAAAGGCGCAUAGGGAAGUUUCAUGAAGGUCUCGAGGCGAAGAGCCUUUUUUUUAGUGUUAUUUUAAGUUUGGCAAUUGACUGCGCCUUUAGACUCAUCGCAUAGUUAAGAAAAACGUUAAAAAUUUUAAGAGAAAAUAUUAAGUUCAUAAAAAAAAACGGAAAAUUUUCUUUGGGGCCCCUGAGAAAGGAGCUGGGAAGGUUCUCCUAAAGCUCCUUAUAAGGUUUUUUUCAUAGCCCUAGGGAAUCCAUUUUGUAUCAUGUGGAAUAUUUCUAUCAAGGGAAGUGAAAAAAAAACCAAAAGUUAAAUAAAGAAAUAAAAAUCCAUUGUUGAUCUUUAGAAAGCUUUUUCUUUUUUGCCCGAGAUUUGGGUUUUCAAUCAUUUUCACUGUUUUUUCCGCUUCCUGGUACAUUUUCUAAACCGUAUUAUUCAUUUUUCAGUGCGCCCUGGCCCUCGGCGAGAUGCUCGAGUUCUACGAUUCGUGUGUCCGGCUCAAUCUCUCGUUCAACAAGCUGAUUGGCGUCCGGGGAUGGAACGCGAUUUUUCGGGCUGUUCGCAAUGUUCGUGAUCUUCCUCCUUGUUUCCGUUUCCUCCGAAAAAAAAGCUUCAAAAUUUUUCUGCGAUGCUCCCGUUAAGCUGUUAUUUUUAAGUUUCUAUGAUCUUUUCGGCUAGGGGGAAGAGAGAGCAGACACGUCAGAGCUUUUCAAAUCGCGCUGUAUGGACUUUGUCUUGAAAUGACUUCAAUUUUAGAUCGAGAGAAUCAAAAGAAAAUCGUACCUCGGAAACCGGACGUUUCUGAUUAUUUCUAAGGAUCUUUUCAGUGAUUUUAAAACCCUUAAGUGAUUCCUAGAACUGCUCAGAAGCGUCUGAUUUCCUCUGUAACACUGACCGGACGUUUCUGAGGCUUCCUAGUGGCCACUUUAGCGGUUUGAGCACUCUUAAGCGAUCCCUAGAAAUUCUCAGAAGUAGUAGCUACAGACUUGAAACUCGGUAACGCAAACCAGACGCUUCAGAGCAUUUCUAGGGUACUUUUCAGUGACGUUAAAACCCUUAAGAGAUCACUAGAAAUCCUCAGAAGCGUCUGGUUCCCUUGGUAAUGCAAACCGGACGCGCCUCGGACGCUUCAGAGCAUUUCUAGGGUACUUUUCAGUGACGUUAAAACCCUUAAGUGAUUCCUAGAACUGCUCAGAAGCGUCUGGUUCCCUUGGUAAUGCAAACCGGACGCUUCUGAACAUUUUUGGGAUAUUUUAGGGGCGUCACAACCCUCAAGUGAUCACUAAAACCGCUUAACAGCGCUUCCGGCUUCCCCAGCGCUUCCGGCUUGCGUUACCGAGAUCCAAGUGCGGUUUCGAAGAAAUUUUGUAGCCCCAAGGAACAAAAUCUCACGUUCUGAAGUAUUCCCUGUUAAUCCGAUGAAUACACCACAAAAAUCGAAUAAUUUCCGUUAAUGAAUAAAUUUUGCAGUGUUCAUCGCUGCAAGUCCUGAACCUCCGGUACACGACCAUGUCGGAGAAGGCGUUGCCAUCCUUGUGCAGAACCCUGAGGGUCACGCCGUGUCCCUCGCUGACCUGCCUCCACCUGGAGAACACCAACAUCACCGGAAAGAACUUGUUGAUCUUGAUCUGCGCCUUGAAGAGCAACACCGGUCUGAAGGUGUGGCCUUGUGUAUCGUAGAAAUCAGAUUUUUCUUUGUCGUUAGUGGAUUUUCAACUUUUCGGUAGCGCAAACCGGACGGACCAUUUCUAGUGGUCCUUCUAGGGCCUUCAGCACUCUUAAGCGGCCACUAAAAGUGUUCAUGAUGCCGUUUUGCGUUACUGGGGUCCAAGUUUUCGUGUGCCUAAUGAGUAGGCUUGAAAAACUGAAUGGGUAGUUAUUGAGAGGCUUAAAAAUCAAUUUUUCGGUAUUUUGGUCCAUUUUUCUUUAGUAAAUUCAUGAUUCAUCAAUUUUUUGAAUUCAAGGAGCUCUACCUCGGCGACAACGGCCUUCAGUGUACCGAUGGAGCGCACUUGUUCCAACUGAUCGUCUCGAAUACGAGUAUUCAGUUGCUGGACUUAAGGAACAAUCAACUCGGGGUAGGAUUUACAGGGAUUUUUUUAAAAGGAAUUUUCAAGAAAAUAACAUUUUAUUCUACUAGCUGUGCUUCUCAUUGUGUACUUAUUGAGUGGAAAAAUGAUUUUUCAAAAUUUCCAAAUUUAAGGACGGCGGAGUUCGACACAUCAGCGACGGCCUCAGAAAUCGCGAAGCCCUGGAAAAAAGCUCCCUCUCGGCCCUGGUCCUCUGGAACAACCAAGUAACCGGAAGUUCGAUGAAUUGUCUCGCUGAAGCCUUGGUGAGGGUUGAAAAUGAAGAAAAGUUAGAAAAUGACCAAAAAGGUUGAAAACGACGAAAAAAUUAUUCUCUGAUGUAAUAUUUUGUGAAAGAAGCUUUCCAAAAAAAAGUUCAAGCCUUACUGAUAAAAUAUUAUUGGAAAUGAACUAAAAAAAAAAAGAAAAAAAAACCUAGAAAAGUUGAAAAUUGAAGUUGCUUACGAAUUUUAGGUUUUAUUUUAAAAAUGUCAAUCAACCUAGGAAAAUCGUCAUUUUUUAGACCUCGUAUGAGUUUCGAACUGAAAAUAAUAUCUGCAAUAAUUUAUCCUCGAGAAAAAUGGAAAAAAGCAUACUUUGAAACGAAUUUCAUUUUUUUUGUCUUAAAUUUUGAAUCUCUAUUUUUUUCAAUGGCUAUUUUUGAAGUGUAUGAAGAUUUUUUAAAAAUAUGAGAAGUUUAGAGAUCAAUAAUAUGUUCGAAAGUGGUGUUUGAAAAAGCUUUGAAUGAACUGAAAAUAGUUUUUCGCAUAAUUUUCAACUUUAAUCUCACGGAAAAAGAUUUUCGAAAAGAUUACUGCUUUUUCAAGCCGAAAUUCUUGGCCAAUCUCAUCGCAAUGAUCGUGAACCAACUCAAAAAACAAAAAUAUAUUGAAAAAAAAGCUUUACAAAACUGGAUUUCAGAAAGAAAAUACCAAGAUCGAAACGCUGAACAUUGGCAACAAUCACAUUGGCGUGUUGGGCGUCUCACAUCUCAAGCCGGCUCUCGUCUCAAACACGCAUUUGCAUCGAUUGGGCCUCCAGAAGACUCAUAUCGACUGUGAAGGUUCGAAAAAGCGAAGAAAAACGACGAAAAAUGGUGAAAUUUGAAAUGCGCGGCCUCUUUGAGAGAUUAUCGAUCGCGAGAGAGUGCAGACGGCUAGAGUGUACGCUGGAGCGCGUAAGGUGGAUAAACGCGCGAUUAUAUAUUUUUUCAAGCGUUUUUUUCUCGUUUCUCAAUUUGAUUCAUUUCCAGGUGCAAUCAUUCUUGCGGAAUGUUUGGCGGACAAUACGGCGAUGGUUCGGGUCGAUAUUCGCGACAAUCCUAUAGGUAACUUUUCGAAUUUUUGGAGAAAAUAUCAAACACCAUCUGCAGCGAUUUUUGAUGAACUGUUUUUAUUGUCCCUCUUAUCUUGAAGAAUUUUAUUACCUAGGGAAGGUAAUAAUUUUUUUUUCGUGACAAAUUUUAUGGCUCUGGGGCCGUUUUCCUGUCUGAUUUUAGGGUUGAUAGGAGUUGUAAGAAAGGGAUUUUAGGGUUUGGAAAAAAAAUAUUGGAGUGUAAUGGCGGAAAAUGAAUGAUUUGAUGGGAAAAUGGGAAUUUUUUUUCGUGAAGGGGUGAAUUUUCAAAGAUUUGUUUGGAAUAAUAGAAAAUAAUAGAGAACAUAAAGCAGUUAUACAUGAUUUUUUUCACAAGGAAAAAAAAUUAAGAAGGUCAAAAAUCCAAAUUUUCAUCUAAAAAUACGUAUUAUCAUUGUAAAACCAUUAAAAAAUUCAAUUUUCAAGAACUGGCCGGACUUUUGGCCCUCCACACGGCGAUGAAAAUGAACCGAUCGAUAACUUUGAUGAAUAUCGAUCCGAACUGUGUGAAAGUCAACAGCGAAAAGGUUGGUUUCGAUUGAUUUACAAAUAAAUGUCUUGUUUUUGAUGGAAUGAGAAUGAUUGAAUGCCUUUUCGAUGCACCUUUUUUGUAGUUGUAUUAUUUUUUUUGUAGAUUGAAAUUUUCGGUAGGGGUUUUGGAGGCGUUGGUGGUAGGAAAACUCGAAAUUUUAUAGUGAAUUUUUUUCGAUUUUUUUUCUAAUAGUAUCUUUAAUAUCAUAGGAUUAUUUUAAAGGCUCAAAAAAUUUUUAGUGAAAUUUUUUCCCAGUUUUUUUCUAAUGGUAUCUGCAAUAUUAGAGGCUUACUACAGAGGAUCAAAAAAAUGUUUCCGAUGAUUUUUUUCUUUUGACUUUUUCAAUAGAUAUCUGUAAUAGCAGAGGAUCAUUUCAAAAGCUUGAAAAAAACAUUUUUCUCUUUUUUUUUGAAAAUGGAGACUUUUUUUCUCGACUUAUCUCCGAAUUAGAAAGAGGAUGCGAAUGGCUUUUUUUUAAUUGGGUCAAUUUUUCAAAAUUUGACCUCAAAAAUUCGGAAUUUAGUAUGAUUUUUCAUGUUUCAAACAACCUUUAAAUCUACAAGAAAACAAAUAUUUCCAUUAGUAUUAGGACUUUAUCGUUGAGCCAAAAUAUUAUUUUUGUUGGUCUGUUGGUCGCAUUUGGAAUGGCUCGUCUUUUUUUAUGACUGUUUUUUUUUCCGAAAGCGGCCGACCUGAAACGACUUGCGCUCUGAGUCAUGGUGAAGUAUUAGGACAAAAUAUUAGUUUUUCGACCAGUUUCUGACCGUUGAGCCAUUCCAAAUGCGGCCAAAUGCUUACAAACUUCACUUUUAGAGGAAUUAAGGGAAAUUUUUAUCAGAUUUUUCUUGUUUCAUAUCCUUUUCAAGUAAAGGGAUAAGAUUCAAAAUUUCAUCAGUUUCCAUUUUUUUUUUCAAUACUCACCGCCAACGCCCUUUGGAUACACUUUUGCAAUUUUUUUCUUGCCACUAAAUAUUCCGAUUCGUCUUGAUAUUGUGCGUGUUGAACUGUCUGGUACCCUGAAUACAGGUCCGACCAUAUCAGGACGAGUUCCGCAAGUGCUACGACGAGAUCCAGCGAUUCUGCGACCGGAACAAGGAGGAAGCCCUGGCCAACAUGCGCGUCACCAUCGAUGACGCCGUCGCCGCCGCUGAAGCCGCCGAAGCGUCGGCGACAUCGCCCAACGAGGACGCGACAUCGCCAGAAUGCUGCGCCGAGGACGACGACGUCCUGACGCCGGCGACGGCGAACCCGACGACGGCUACGACGUGCAAGGCCGAGGAGUGCGCAGAGAAAGACGCGAAUGGCGACUGCAAGUGUGAAGGUGUGUAGGAGAGAAGCGAUUUUCUGGGUCGCAUUUGAAAUGCGCCAGACCAAAUACGGCUUGCGCUGAGAGGCAUCAUAGAGCUUCUAACCGCUUUGAGCCAUUCCAAAUGCGGUCACGGCUUUUCAAUAGUGAGAGAUCAUAUAGCUGAUUCACGGCUGGCUUGAGCCAUCGAGAAAAGGGUCCUGCCACGAAAAGAGACGAGACAGUGCCCUGGCUGGUGGAGAGUGCAGACAGGCCACGCCUUUUUGCGUCCCAAGCUAGCCGUGAAUACACUAUAGUCUGUUAAGAUUUUGAAAGUGUUUAUGAUUGGUUUAUCGCGCCAUUAGGGGCGGAGCUUGGGCGAAGUCGUGAACUCCAAAAUCUGAACAGACUAUAGCCCGUUCACGGCUAGCUUGGGACUCAAAAAGGCCUGUCUGCGCUCUCCACCAACUAGGCACUCUCUCUCACUUUUCUUAUCGCGUCAGGACCCAUUUUUCGAUAGCUCAAGCCAGCCGUGAAGCUAUAUCCAAAAAUCAAGAAUUUUUCUCAAAAUUCCUAAAUUCAGAAGCGACCACGAGCAUCGUAGUGACAUUACCGCCCAGAGACAAGCCUCUGGUCAAGAAAAAACAUCCGAGAUUCGCCAGAAGCUCUUCCUUGACCUGCACAGAAACCGUUCCGGACCUCCAUGUAAGCUUCUAGAAAAAAAGGGAGAAAAUAAGUUUUUCAGGACCGGUUACGCGAAAUGAGCGGCUCAACGCAUUCUCUAGACCAACCGGCGCCCCUGGAUUCAGCGAGCAACUUGGACUCGAUGAGGACCAUCAAAAAACCGCCCAGCACCUUGGCUCAUCCGAUGCUAGGUUAGUAGAGAAAGAGAAGUUGAAAAUGAGAGACGCAGAGAAAGAAAGAAAAAAGUUUGAUAAUGCCACGUUUUGAAAAAAAGUAAGAAAAAAGCCAUUCCAAAUGCGACAAAGGGAAAAAUUAUACAGUAGAGGGACCGCAUUUGGAAUGGCUGUUUGUCUUUCCUGUCAUGAUGAUGUAGGAAGUACCUCAAAAAACCGCCCAGCACCUUGGCUCAACCCAUGCUGGGUGGAUAAGUUGGAAAUGAGAGACGUAGAGAAAAAGAGAGCCAUUCCAAAUGCGGCCAAGUGAAAAAUGAUACAGUAGAAGGACGGAAUGGUUUUUUUGUGACGUAAAAAAGAUGAUGUAGGAAGUAAUGAGCCAUUCCAAAUGCGGCCAGAAGUUUGAAGAAAAGGUGAGAGAUGGUACAGUAAUUGGACCGCGUUUGGAAUGGAUUUUUAACUUAUAUGGGGCGGAAAAAGAGGAUUUAGGAAGUAAUGAGCCAUUCCAAAUGCGGCCAAAAGUUUGAAGCAAUGGGGAUAAAUGAUACAGUGAAUGGACCGCAUUCAAAAUGGAUUUUUGACUUAUAUGGGGCGGAAAAAGAAGAUUUAGGAAGUAAUUAGCCUUUCCAAAUGCGGUCAGAAGUUUGAAGAAAAGGUUUAAAUAUGGUACAGUAGUUGGGCCGCAUUUGGAAUGGAUUUUUGUCUUUCCUGUCAUUAUGACGUAGGAAGUAAGAGCCAUUCCAAACGCGGUCAGAGAAAACUUGAAUUUUCUACUUUCCAAUUUUCAAUACUUCAUAAACUUGAUUAAAAGUGCCGCAUUUGGAAUGGCUAUAUAACAAAUCUAAUUAUCGUAAUCCCCAAAAAAGCCUGGUUUUUCCAGCCGAGUGGGGAUCUCUGCCCGCCCUCCCGCAGGCCAGCCCGACAACUCAGCCGGCCGUCCGAAAAAUGCGACGAUUCUCCGUCUCGCCGUCCUCGUCGAUAUUCGACGUCUCCACGACGUCUUCGGCCUCGAUUCCGCCCGCCACGAUCACGUCAUCUCUGCACAUUGCGCCCUUGUUAGGCUCUUCUGCGUCGGCGGAGGCUUCGGUGGGUUUUCUGGGGAGAUGCUGAAAGAGUUUGAGCUAUGAAGGUUCAGAUCCAUACAUAGUUCCGUCAGAAAAUAUGCGGAUAAACGUUUUUUUUUGGUCAGAACUCUCUUGUAUGUAGUUUGAUCUUUCUGAAACCUUCUGAGGUCGUUUUGGGGGAAUUUCAGCUCGCUUAAAAAAUGCAGCUUUAUAGAAUUUCAAACAGAUUUAGUUCCAUUCAAGGAAGUUUUGAGAUAAAAAACUUUUUUUCACUUUUUUGGACGGUACUGUAUUCAAUGAGGUGAGAGGCAGUUUAAAAUUGAGCUUCAGAAAAAUUAAGCUUUCUAGAAAAUUAUCGAAAAAUGAGAGCUUUAGAAAAUCUGACCCUUUUUGGCUUGAGUUUCUCUAGAAAUUGCGCUCUAUGGAGAAUAUACGGCUUUGAGUUUCCGUGGAAUAUAUUUCGUCUGAAAAAAAAAGAAAGUACUGAGUCUCUAAAAAUAGCGUUUUCUAGAAAAUUCAGAAAGUCGAAGCUUUACAAGAUCUCUGAAGCUCUUUGGCUUGAAUUUCUCUCGAAAUCGCGCUCCAUGGAUAAAAUAUUUCUUCAAGUUUCCAUGGAACAUUUCUAAAGCCUCUUCAAGAAUAACCAAGAAAAAAGUCUGGGAAAAUUUACACAUUUCUUUUUUUGAUAGAUUUUUCUAUGUUUCCUAUGAGCUCACAUGUAGGCGGUAUUCUCGAAAAAGUACAAUUUUUUACGUCUUUGUUUCGAAGAAUUUGUAGUCUUUUCUAUAGCAGCGUCAUUCGGACUACAAAUUGGAAAAUUUGGGCCAUUUUAUGUUUUGGCGGUGGGUAGAGCCUUGUGGGCGGUUGGUUUCGUAACUAGCCCUUUAUUUGAUUUUUUGAGAAGGUCUUGAGAGGAUUACUUCAAAAAUAUAGGGUCUUGAGAUCGGUUAGUCAUUUUAUAGGGUCUUGAGAGGAUUACUUCGAGAAAAAAAAUGCUCUAAAUGAGAAUUUUGAGAAAAAUUGAACCUAAAAACGUUAGCGUUUUGAAAUCCUACAUUUUUCUUGAUAACUUUAGCCGGUUCGACCGUCGUCUCUAGCCAUCGGAAUACCGAUCCUUGGAGCUGUACCAGCCGGACCUUCCUCAGCUCCAAUGUGCUCGACCUCCCUACCUGAUAACGUAUCCCUGAUGACGUUUAUCAGUGAGUUGCGCCUUCAGAAUCUCCAGAAGAAGCUCAGAAUUUCCAGAAGCCGAAACGCCGCCACCGACGCCGCCCCAUGGAUGUCUAGAGCCCCUGAUGCGGAAAAUAUCCGAAGAAAUGACCCCGCAACUCGUUGAGAACGACGUUCAGAUAGUAGAUGCCGUCAGAUCUGUCGUCACGGACCUUGUCAACUAUGUGGUAGUGCUGUUUUAUCUCAAGAUGGAGAUGAUCCAACGUCUUCAAGGUCUACGAGGAAACGUCGGCAGCCGAGCGGAAGGCUUCGUUGCUGCUUCAGACGACCUUCCAGCCGCUGUCGCCGCCAAGAACCGCUUCUGAUGACGUCAUUGGCGACGUCAGCGUCCAGGCGACUGUAUAUAGAACGCCGACGACACCGUCGAGGUAAGGAAAAAGUCGUGGUUUUUUAUUGAAUGUUUUUCCUGAACGUCGUUCUAAUGAUCAACUUCAGAAUGCUGAUCGUAGCCGAAGAACUUGCCGAAGAGCCCGACGAAAUGGUCGUUUCUUCAGUGGUACGAGGCCUCAUCCGCGACGUCCUCCAAAUGGAGAAAGAGCAGCUCCGGAGCACCUUGGACCGAAAAAGACGAGCCCGACCGACGUCUUCUGGAUCCGCGACGCCGACGUCUUCUUGUCCGAAGAUGAUCACGUCUCCCGGCAUCGCGACGCCUUCGUUGGAGGAGACCAUCUCGACCUACUUCGACACCAAGUCGGCUGACGUCUCCACCUCUUCGGAAGACACCAUCUCGACCUACUAUGACGUCGCCACGAACCUGACGUCUUCUGAAACCCCGACGUCUUCUUCUUCUUUCCCCGAGCCCCUUGCGCUGUAA